GGAGACAUGAUCGGAAAAAUAGUUUUGCUUCUAUCGAGUUUGGCCCUGGCCACGGCCCAGGUGCCCAGCCUCGGCUUCUGUCCGGAGUACGUGCCCAUGGCGAACUUUGACAUGAGCAAGUUUUUGGGCGUGUGGUUCGAAGCUGAGAGGUAUUUCCAACUUACAGAAGUAGUAUCCCGAUGUGUCAUGGCGAACUAUACCUUGAGUCCUGACGGUAAAUUCCGUGUCAGCAAUGAAGUAACAAACAGAUUUACUGGCAUCAAGAGGGUAGUUGAGGGUGAAAUCAAGAAAGCUGCUUCUAAAGCCGAAGAAGGAAAGCUGAUCGUGAAGUAUACAAUACCGUUGACCCCAGAAACAAAAUACUCUGUGCUCGAAACAGACUACAAAAACUAUGCAGUUAUGUGGAGCUGUUCUGGCAUUGGUCCGUUCCACACUCAGAACGCUUGGGUGAUGACGAGAGAAAGAUUGGCCCCAGGCACAGUCUUGCAGCAGGCUUACGCCGUCCUGGACAAGUACAAGAUCUCGAGGACCUUCUUUGUGAAGACUGAUCAGGACGACUGCGCUUAUUUAGCGUCGCUACCAACGAAACCAGCUGAGCCAGAAGUUGAAGACGCAGAGAAACCAGAAAAAAAAUCUGAGGAAGAUACGUCAUGCGUUAGAUCCGCCGUGAUACCAGACGCUCCAUCGGUGAUCGUUGACGCUGAAGUAGCUAAAGAGGAUGAGGAACUGGUAGCGAGUGUUCCAGCCGACGAGAACUUGAGAAAGCUGGUCGUUAACACAGUUCCGGAACACAUUAUGGUAAUCGCUGAUAAUAUGAAAGAGGACCUGCUCAUGGACAGCAUAAAGAUGGCGGAAGAGAAGAAACCGAGCGAACCUGAAAUCGAGAAAGCCUCCGAGGCUAUCAAAGACGCGGAAUAG